AUGACCAACAAUAAUAACCAUACUAUUCAACAUUCAAGAUCCCACGCCACCGCUCAGGCUUGUGCCGCAUGCAAAUAUCAACGUAGAAAGUGCGCACCCGACUGCAUUCUCGCCCCUUAUUUCCCCCACGAACGCCACCGCCAAUUCCUCAACGCGCACAAACUCUUCGGCGUCAGCAACAUUAUCAAAAUCAUCCGUCAUCUCGACCAGCAAUCGAAAGACGACGCCAUGCGCACCAUCAUCUUUCAAUCCGACGUACGGGCCUCCGACCCUGUCGGAGGGUGUUACAGAAUAAUACGAAGUUUGGAGCGACAAAUAAACGUAGCGAAAGCCGAGCUCGAAAUUAUCCUCCAUCACCUCGCCUUGUGUCGAGCACAAGCCGUGGUCGCCCAACAGCAGGCAGCAUUGCAAGCUGUGGACGACACGGAUUCGACACUGAAUUGUGAUGUGAUUAAUGGGGACCCUUUGGGGUCUUAUGAUGAAUCAAUGAAUAAUUAUCAUCACAAUCUUCAUGUUCAACCCCCACAGCAGCACAGACAUGAUCAGUAUAUUGAUCAAGAACAGAUUGCACUCCAAGAAAUUAAUGCAUGGGGGAUCAAUGCACAAGAAUCUACUUCUUCAUCUUUCCCUAUCCAUCGUCGGGCGGUUGUAGAUGAAUGUGAUGAUUUCAGACCAAUUCUUGAUUUGCCUGAUGAGAGAGAAGAGUUCAAAUUUGAUCCAGCAGAUGAAAAUGGUGAACCAAGAUUUGUUACAUUGGCCUAGCUAAUCUCUCUUCAUCAU